AUGCCUACUCCACCCAGUUCAGCAAACCUCAACGGUGGAAUAAUGCCAUCAGGCACCGAUGAUUUAAGAAAGCGCAAUGACAGCGAGAUAAUGUCUGAAAAACAAAACCGGACCAUAUCCCAAGAGGCUUCCCACGUCAGGCUGGAAGCGAUCACAAUAAAUCAAGUCGUUACGAAACAACACGCCCCGUCUGCUCUUAAUUCCGAUAAGACUCCAGCCAAGUCCAUUUCUAGACGCCGAGAUGAAGCUAGCGCCAAGUUGGUCAAAAUUCAAACACGCUUAGACCCAACAACUAUAGAUAUCUCUUCAUCGAACACCGGGCGAAAACCAUAUAAAAGAACCCAUCUUGGCCAGACCACGGAAGAGACCAGUAGAGCGAUGGCUCUGACACCUUCGUCGCCGAUGGAUGUUAGCUUGCUUUCUGUUUCCUUCAGAUUGAGUAAAGUCAAGCGCUUUCGGCAGACGAGCUGUGUGUUAUGGAGAUUGCCAAACAUCAGUGAGAUCAACACAGAGUUCUCUGAUCGCAAAAAUAUACUUCUUGCUCCCAAACCACGGCGGGUUAUGGCUUCCAAGCAGGGUCUCGGACCGGAGCAAGCUUCAAGACCGCAGAGCAUCACCACAGAUGGUAGUGAGCAGCCUCAGCCUGCAGGGAACCGAACUGCUGAGACGUUUCUUGAAUGUAAAAGAAUCUCUUCGCCGCACACAGGAACAAAGCAAAAAGCCAACCAGGAUGAUUUUCCAUGGGUUGCGCUCGAACGAAGGUCUUUCUGUGGAGCCUUGAAAGAAGUGGGCGCGGUUCCAAAGUCGCUCCUCAAAAUUAUGCCGCUUGAAUUGCUCCAGCUUUUAGAAGAGGAUGGCAGGAGAUGUACGGCUCGGACAACUCAGGGCAAUCGAUGUAAACUUAAUCACCCUAUCGGAUCUAUGUCGGCGCAACUCCAAAGUCUGGCCUCCCUGAAGCCAGGCGCACUUUUACCAGUGAUCCAAAAUUUAAUAGAAGUGGUAUUCUGCGCAAUACAUCAGAAAGUUGCAUUGAAAGAGACAAUAUUAUGGAAAGAAGAGUUUGAAGAGGUCUCAAAGAUCCAAGAUUAUGAAUCUAUGAUCACGAUUGAAAACAAGCGUUUAUGGGCUCUUCUUCGCUGGGGCUGUCUAUUGAAACAGGAGGCACUUUCUCAACCAAUAUCGACCUCUUUGCUGCAACAUACAGUGGAAAAAGAAACGCUUCCGAUCAACCCUAUCCAAGAAUUCAAGCAUUAUGUCAGUAAACGUUUAUCUGGAACAAUAUCUGAAGAGCUUGCAAUGCUUCUUACCAGGCCUCUCACACAAAGCGAUCUGAAACAUCAGGGCUCGAUGUACAUCUUCUGGCAACCUAGAAAUUUUGGUCAUUUGAAAAUUGGAGGAUCGGUAAACGUGCCUUGCCGGCUGGAUCAAUGGAACAAGCAGUGCAAGAAGACUAUGGAGACUAUCUUUCCGGAAAACGUGAAAGAAGAGGAUGACAAAACGGUUGAUUCACAACAGGUUCCACACAUAUCGCGCGUUGAAGCUCUAGUGCACCUGGAACUGCUACGCCACAGAAGAAUUGAGAAAAAGUGCCCUGGUUGCUUAAAAUCACACGUAGAAUGGUUUGAGAUUCCCAAGGAUAUUGCAAUAGGGGUUGUUCGCAAGUGGUCGACUUGGAUGUUGACACUGCCGUAUGAGAAACAGAUGCGAGACGGAAAAGAGCAGUGGAUUCUGAAAAGCACGGAACGAGAAAAUUUGGCUAAUCUAUGUCGCACUGAUACAAAACCUUCAACUCCUUCUUUGCCUCCUGUCAAAGAGAAGAGACGCUCAUCUCCUCGCUUUCGACGCUCGAUUUGA